AUGGAAUGUGUCCGAGUGAUUCAGGCUAGCCCCGGAUUUGAUAUGCUUGUCCACUUCCAUCAUCUUUUUGAGAUUGAGAGCUCCUACACUGCCGCCCCGAAAACAGCUGCGAGCGCAGUCACCUCGGACUGUCCUAACGAUUUCGUUGCUCUCAACUUCACUGGAUCGCUGGAGUGCAUAUGGUUAUUGGAAGUUCCACAUGAUUACAGCAUCGUGCUUUAUAUCAAUGAAUUCUCGCUUUACGCUCCAAAUCACUGUGACCUGAACUUCCUUGAAGUAUACUCAGGGACCACUUCGGACAGGCCUUUGAAGAGAUACUGUGGGAUGACGGCUGCCCAUGUGUUUUCGUCGCAUUACCUGAUGUACAUCCGCUUCUACCUACACGACGCAAAUCAAAUCCGCAAUACCUCCAUUUCCGCUUUGUAUUCGUCGUUCGUGAGAAUGAAAAACUGUUCAUCCAAGCAGCUGCUAACAUGCGGUGAUGAGAAUUGUGUGCCUCAGCAGUUGGCAUGCAAUGGCCGCGUCAAUUGCCCCUAUGGUACCGAUGAAAUGAAUUGUCAUGUUGGUGAGUUACAUAUGACUUUGUUACAAUCCGGUGCAAAAGGACAGCACUCUAAAGCCCUCAUCUCGGCCCACUCACGUCACGUCCAACCGUAG